AUGGCCAUGGCGACAGCCGCGGUUCCGAUGCCUAGGAUAAAGCUGCACUUCAGUGCUGGCGCGUAUCCACCUCCGCCGACGGAGCAGGAUGGAGGAAUCGACGAAGACGAAGAAGUAAUAGAAUCUGAAGAACCCGAGUCAUCCGAUGACGACGAUAUUGAUGUUGAUUCUUUUGAAGAACAUCCGAUAUCACCUAAUUCCAUCGAUAAAUAUACGGGGGAAUCUACUCUUGAUAAUCCCGUACUAAACGCCGAACCCAAGCUUCCGUUUCGGCCCAUCCGUAUCAUCUUGAAAGCCCCAAAACGGAACCCGGAGGAACUCGAAGAAGUCGGUGAGUUUUGA